CAGACAUCAGUCACAAAGUAAAGACUGUAUAGUUUUCUAUUGUAAAAUAGAGACAAUUUGAUAAAAGAUGGCCCCCCUGUCUGAAGAAGAGGAGAACUAUGUCCGAUUAGCCUUGUUAUUAAAAGGAGUUUCACCAAGAGCAGUUCGUAUUUUCUUUGACAGAGAAUUUCCACCUACCAAUCUACUUUCAACACUGAAUAGAAACUCCAACACUCUUUUUGACCUGAAAAAGAAGAGAAUUUUGAACCAGGCUCAGUGGAAUAUUUUGUUUCCAAGAAAUGGAGUUCCUGAUUCCCAAAGUUUUGAUGUAACAUUGAUGAUAUGUUUGAUCAGACAUUUGACAAUGGUUACUCAUCCAAUCAAUGGAUUUGACAGUCUCCCACCUCAAGGUGAGACAACUCCAGGACCUGAUCUAGCCAGGAUCAAAUGGUACAGAAAUAUACUAGCUCACCAUGAUAGUAAUAAAAUAGAGACUGCUUACUUCAAUACAGCAUGGACAAAUAUAUCAGAUGCUGUAAGUAGAUUGGGUGGUCAACCAAUGAAUCAAGAGUGCCAAGAAUUAAAGGUGAAAAUCUUAGAUCAGUCAAAUCAGGAAAUUAUGUUGGAAAUCAAACAAUCACAGGAAGAAAGGAAGGAACUGAGACAAACAAUGGACCACUUGGGGACUGAAAACUCAAAAGUAACAGAGAAUCUAAAUAAGUUAGAAGAUUUCCACUGUACUUUACAGACUGAACACUCAAAACUGACAGAAAAUCUGAGCAUCUUACAAAAUUCCAACAGCACUUUACAGACUAAACACUCAAAAGUGACAGACAAUUUGACCAUUUUAACAGAUUCUAACAGUACUUUACAGACUGAACACUCGAAAGUGAAAGAAAAUCUGAGGAAGUUACAAGAUUCCCAUAAUACUUUACAGACUGAACACACAGAAGUGACAGAACAUUUAAAGGACCCAACACCAUGGAACAACAGAGGACAAAUAAAAGAGGAGUUAGAAGCUUGGAAAGAAGGUGACACAAUGUUUAUAGAUACAAAAGGAGCAAAACGUGUAUUAAAGUGUAUUAAAGAAAAUGGAUGUGUUGUUGUAACCGGAAGUUUCGGUACGGGAAAAUCAUCUUUAGUGCGUCAUGUAGCUCUAGAAAUGCAAAAAGAAGGCUUUGAUUUAUUACCAGUUUCAAACCCGGAAGAAAUUCGCAAUUUGUACAAUCCAAGUAAGAAAACCCUAUUUGUUGUGGAUAAUUUUUGUGGAAAAUAUGCUUUAAAUCCAAUGCAGUUUGAAAACUGGAAAAAUCUGAUGGAAAAAAUCAAAACACUAAUAGAAAAGAAUUCAGUUAAGUUAAUUAUGUCUUGUAGACUACAGGUUUAUAAUGACAACAAAAUGAAAUCUUUAUCCUUUUUUCGUUCCUGUGAAUGUCAUCUUUUGUCUGAAGAUAUAUGUUUAUCAAAACCAGAAAAGCAAUCUAUUGCUGAACUUUACAUGAAAACAAACGCUUCUAAGAUCAAUGAAUUUGAUGACAUGUUUGACUGUUUUCCUCUUUUAUGUCAAUUCUACAACAAAAACACAAAAUUAAGUAUUAUCAAUUUCUUUAACAAUCCAUAUACAGUUUACAAAGAAGAGAUAGAUAAAUUACAGACAGUGGGGGCGCAUGUCAAAUACUGUGCUCUGGCUCUAUGUGUCAUGUUUAACAAUAGUGUGAAAGAAGAAUGGCUUACAGGAAAUAUAGACAAAGAUAUCAAAACAAAUAUAAAAAACACAUAUGAAGCUUGUAAAGUUGUGAAAGGAACGUCACGAUUGGUUGUUCGUGAUGAGCUGGAUUCACUGACUGAUACAUUUAUCAGAAAGGAUGAUACAGUGUACAGAACUAUUCAUGACAAACUGUUUGACUUUCUGGCUUUCUACUUUGGCAAUGCAAUGAUUUAUUGUUUAAUUAUAAAUGCUUCAAGUGAUUUGAUAAGUGAAAGGUUUUUAUUUGAAAAGAAAAGCAAUAAUAAUAACUUUAUAGUUGUUGUACCAGAAAGAUAUCAGCAAAUGUAUAUACAGAGAAUGGUAGAUGACUGGUCGAGAGAAAAUGUAGUCGAUGUCUACUGUAACAUCAAUAUGAACAAUCAAAUCUUCAGACAAAGAUUCCUAGUUUAUAUAAAAAGUUUAGAUGUAUCACAACAGAAACAAUUGGCAAGUCUAUAUGACACAAAUAACAAUAGCACUCCUUUGAUACAGAGUUGUUUUAUAGGCGAUGUUGAUCUAGUUACAUGGUGUUUACAUCAUUGUAUCAGCAAUGUAAACCAUUGUCAAAAUGGUCAUACUGAAAUAGUUCAGAUGUUAAUGAACAAUAAGGCAAACCUUCAAAAGUGUAUAGGUACUGGGGAAUCACCUCUAUACAUUGCUUGUCAGAAAGGACAUACUAAAGUAGUACAAAUGUUAAUAAACAAAAAGGCAGACAUAAACAAUUGCAUAUAUACUGGAGAAUCACCUCUGUUCAUUGCUUGUCAUCAGGGACACACGGAAGUAGUUCAAAUAUUAAUAAAAUAUAAGGCAGACAUUAAUUAUGAACAAACUGAAAUAGUGCAUAUGUUAAUAAACAAUAAGGCAGAUAUUGAUAAGUGUAAUGAUAAAGAAAUAUCACCUCUGUGCAUUGCUUGUCAUGAGGGACAUACUGAAGUAGUUCAAAUGUUAAUAAGCAAUAAGGCAAACAUUGAAAAGUGUAUAGGUACUGGGGAAUCACCUCUGUUCGUUGCUUGUCAGAAAGGACAUACUGAAGUAGUUCGGAUUUUAAUAAACAAUAAUGCAGACAUAAAUAAUUGUAUAGAUACUGGAGAAUCACCUUUGCUCAUUGCUUGUCAGGUAGGGCAUACUAAAGCUGUUCAGAUAUUAAUAAACAACAAGGCAGACAUUAAUAAGUGUAAAGAUACUGGAGAAUCACCACUGUUCGUUGCUUGCGGGAUUGGAAAUACUGAAGUUGUUCAGAUGUUAAUAAACAAUAAAGCAGACAUUAAUAAGUGUAAUGAUAAAAAAAUAUCACCUGUGAGCAUUGCUUGUCAACAAGGACAUACUGAAGUAGUUCAGAUGUUGAUAGAAUUUAAGGCUUUCAUAAAUAAGUGUAGAGAUACUGGAGCAUCACCUCUGUUCAUUGCUUGUCAGAAUGGAUAUUUUGAAAUUGUUCAGAUGUUGAUAGACAAUAACGCAGAUAGUAAUAUAUGUUAUGACGGAGAAGUAUCACCUCUGUUCAUUGCUUGUCAGGAAGGACAAACUAAAAUAGUUCAGAUAUUAAUUAACAAUAAGGCAGACAUUAAUAAAUGUACAGAUACAGGAGAAUCACAUCUGUACAUUGCAUGUCACCAAGGACACACUGAAGUAGUUCAGAUGUUAAUGAAUAAUAAGGCAGACAUGAAUAAGUGUAAUGAUAUUGGAGAAUCCCCGCUGUUCAUUGCUUGUAAAUACGGAUACAGUGAAGUUGUUCAAAUGUUAACACACAGUUAUGCAAACAUAACUAAGUGUAACGAUAAAGGGAUAUCACCUCUGUUCAUUGCUUGUCAUGAAGGACAUACUGAAGUAGUUCAAAUGUUAAUAAAUAAUAAGGCAGACAUUAAUGAGUGUAGAGAUACUGGAGAAUCACCUCUGUACAUUGCCUGCCACAAUGGAUAUAAUGAAGUAGUCCAGCUUUUAAUAAACAGUAAGGCAGACAUUAAUAAGUGUAACGGUAAGGAGAUGUCACCACUGUACGUUGCUUGUGAUCAAGGAUAUACUGAAAUUGUUCAGAUGUUAAUAAACGAUAAGGCAGACAUUAAUAAGUUAACAGAUACUGGAGAAUCACCUCUGUACAUUGCAUGUCAGAAUAGAUACACUGAAAUUGUUCAGAUGUUAAUAAACAAUAAUGCAGACAUAAAUAAGUGUACAUAUACUGGCGCAUCACCUCUGUUCAAUGCGUGUGACCAAGGACAUACUGAAAUACUGUAGAUGUUAAUAAACAAUAACACUGACAUGAAUAAGUGUAGUGAUAGUGGAGAAUCACCUUUGUUCAUUGCUUGUCAGAAAGGUCAUACUGAAGUAGUUCAGAUGUUAAUAAACAAUAAGGCAGACAUUAAUAAAUGUAGAGAUACUGGAGUAUCACCUUUGUUCGUUGCUUGUCAAAGUGGAUACACUGAAGUUGUUCAGAUGCUAAUAAACAAUAAGGCAAACAUUAAUGAGAGUACAGAUACUGGAGAAUCACCUUUGUUCAUUGCUUGUGGAUAUGGACAAACUGAAGUUGUUCAUAUGUUAAUUAACAGUAAGGCAGACGUUAAUAAGUGUAAUGAGAAAGAGAUGUCUCCUCUGUUCGUUGCUUGUCAUGAAGGACAUACUGCAGUAGUUCAUAUGUUAAUAAGCAAUAAGGCAGACAUUAAUAAGUGUAGAGAUACUGGAUCAUCACCUCUGUUUAUUGCUUGUCAGAAUGGAUUUACUAAAGUAGUUCAGGUGUUAAUAAACCAUAAGGCAGAUUUAAACAGUAAAUGUAAGGGUCUGACACCACUAGAUGUUGCUAGCAUAGAAAAUCAUACCAAUAUUGUGCAUUUAUUACAGAGACAGAAUAAAUAUACAAUUAUAUACAGACGAAAAUAGACAAACAAGAUAAAUCAAUAACACUUAUAUGCUAAAUAGUAUUCUGAUUUAUUAUAAAGGACCAACACAACUAAAUAUUAGUAGAAAAGAAAAUCACACCAAUAUUGUAUAUUUAUCACAGAGGCAAAACAAAUAAACAAUGUGACUAUCAUGUUUUACAGUAUUAUAAAUCAAAGACUAUUCAAAUGAUCAACCAGUAUGACAAGAAAUAGUACAAAAAAAGAUAACUAUAUAAAUAACUUUCAAAGUACUUUUAUUUCAUAAUGUCAAAACUAUGCAAUAAUAUCUACUUGGUCAUGUUGUUACAUCGAUAGUGUUGAUUUUCUUUUCAAUAAUGGUUGUACUGAAUUUUGAUAAAAAAUUAUGUUAAUCAGCUAAAUCUAACCUUGUUAAGUUUUUAUGUUAUUAGAUACCAUAAGAUGUAUUAUUUAUAGUUGAACAGUAUAUACAUUUGUAGAGAAUGAUUGUAGGACAUACAAGUCUGUGUGUCUCAUGAAAGGACUCAUUUGACGGUGAAAUGUUUUAGUUCACCUGGACCCAAAUGAAACUACAAAACCAAUGUUUAACCACCAUGAAUUAUCCUUUGGUAUCAUGUAUAAAAUUUUGUUUUUUGUUCCUGCAAAAUUGUGCGAACCAUCCACCAUGAAAAAAGAACAUAAGGGAAUGCAAGCGAUUGUCUUAAUAUAUAUGUAUAUUCAUAAAAGAUUAAACUAUACAUCAGUGAAAAUAAUCAGAAUAUCAAAAAUUACACGUUAAGGGAGCCACCAUUUACUUCAAAAAGGGGGGGGGGGGGGUGUGGUAAUGGUUUUUUGUCCGAGUCAAACAUUUUUUUUAGUUUUUCGACGCUAUCAAUCAGAUUAUUUUUUUUAGAUUUAACACUAUAAGGUAUUGGGAAAAUCUGGAUUCAGAAUAUUUUAUUUUGUCAUCUGUUUGACCACAAUAUUUUUUUUCAUCAAAUUGGGGAUCAGAAUAUUUAUUUUGAGGAAAAAACCAUCACCCCCACCCCCUUAAGUUAAAUGGUCGUUUCCUAAAGGAGUUAUUGUUUAUAAAGAAUUCAUUUUUGUAACCUAUAUGUUUUGCUUCCUACUAUCUUGAAAACUAUAAAACAUGAAAAGAUGAGCAGAAACGGUAAACAGCAAAAAAUAUUAGCCAUAGCCAUACAUGAAGUACAAAACUUUCAAAAUGACCAAAUUGAUACCAAUCAAAAUAUUUCUUUUGAUCGUUAUGUCCCCUAAACGGCCAUUUUGACUAGUUUACAAUAUUUGAACGUCGGUAAACUACUUUCGCCUUAAUUUGUCAUUUUGUAUAUUAUAAUGAAAGCUAUAAAUGUUAUGAAAAAUGGAAAGAAAAUGUAAAUCAGCAAAAAAGUUUUAGCAUUACAAGAUUGAAAGGUGCAAUUCUAAUGCAAUGCAUUUGUAACGACGAUUUUUAUUGGUACGCAUGUUUUGAGGAGGUAAAUUUUGCGAUCUACCGGUCUGUAACUAAGAUUAGCCAACAUUUUGAUUGCAGAUUUUUUAAAGCCCCCGCGACAAAAUAUCAAGGGGCAUAUUAAUUUACCCUGUCCGUCCGUCUGUUCGUCCGUUAGAAUAUAAAUACAUGGUUUGUCUGACUAUCUCCUCCUACAGUUUUUAAGCUCAAGUUUUAAUGUAGGAUGUUUCUACACAUGAUAGAGAUGUCCACAAUAUUGUGAUUUCUUUCAAAUACUCAAAUAGAAGUCGGAAAAGGGGGGAUAGGGGUGUUAAAUAAAGGCAACAGUAGUAUACCGGUGUUCAAAAGUCAUAAAUCGAUUGAGAGAAAACAAAUCCGGGUUACAAACCAAAACCGAGGGAAACACAUCAACUAUAAGAGGAAAACAAAGGAACAACAGGAACACCGAAGUGCAACAAAAACAAACGCCAACACACAUAGAAACGAACUAUCUGAUAACAACUGCCAUAUUCUUGACUUGGUACAGGCCAUUUUAAGAAAAAAUGGUGGGUUGAACCUGGUUUCAUGGCAUGUUAGAUAUUCACAAAAAGUUGAAUUUGGUGACUACUAAAACUGGAAAGUUGAAACCUUUGCGUUGGACAUUCAGUCCAGCAAAUGUAGAC